UCCUGGCCACGCCGAGUGCUGCCCGGGCUGGAGCAGCGAAGCGCGCGACAGCGGCAGCGACGGCCCCGGCAGCGGCUCCCACAGCGGCGGCGGCCGGGGGCGGGAGGAAGGAGACCCUGGCUUCCCAGGGGGCCCGGCUGGGGCAGACGCGCGGGGCCUGGGGGGGCGCUGGCUUUGGCCCCGCCUGGGGCAGGAUGGUGAAUCUGCAGCCCAUGCACACAGGUAUCAAGAUGAGUGGCGAUGUAGCAGAUUCCUCGGAUGCACACAGCGCUCUCAGCCAGGUGGAGACAGGAAAUGAUCGAAAUGGCUUAGAUUUCAACAGGCAGAUUAAAACCGAGGACCUCAGCGACUCGCUGCAGCAGACCCUCACACAUCGGCCAUGCCACCUGAGCCAGGGCCCUGCCGUGAUGUCCGGAAACCAAAUGUCGGGGGACGUGACUUCCCUCCAUCCGCUGCAGCAGCUUGUCCUCGUUCCCGGCCACCUGCAGUCUGUCUCCCAGUUCCUGCUGUCUCAGACGCAGCCUGGGCAGCCAGGUCUGCAGCCAAAUCUUGUCCCCUUUCCACAGCAACAGAGUUCUCUCCUCCUCCCACAGACUGGGCCUGGCCUGGCAUCCCAGCCAGUUGGGCGCCCCGGGCUGCCAGGACCCCCGUUAGAGCCCCAUCUGGAGGCACCCCAGCAUCUUCCAGUGCUCAAGCACCUACCCAGCUCCGGAGGGGCCGACGAGCCCAGUGACCUGGAGGAGCUGGAGAAGUUUGCCAAGACCUUCAAGCAGAGGCGCAUCAAGCUGGGCUUCACGCAGGGAGAUGUGGGGCUGGCAAUGGGAAAGCUGUAUGGCAACGACUUCAGUCAGACAACCAUCUCGCGAUUUGAGGCCCUCAAUCUGAGCUUCAAGAACAUGUGCAAGCUCAAGCCACUGCUGGAGAAAUGGCUGAAUGAUGCAGAAUCCUCUCCCUCCGACCCCUCGGUGAGCACCGCCAGCUCUUACCCAACCCUCAGUGAAGUGUUUGGUAGGAAGAGGAAGAAAAGGACCAGCAUCGAGACCAAUAUCCGCCUGACCCUGGAGAAGAGAUUUCAAGAUGUGAGCGGCCCCGCCUGCUGGGAACGGAACCCCAAACCCAGCUCAGAGGAGAUCUCCAUGAUUGCAGAGCAGCUGUCCAUGGAGAAGGAGGUGGUGAGGGUCUGGUUCUGCAACCGGCGUCAAAAAGAGAAGCGAAUCAACUGCCCUGUGGCCACACCCAUCAAAUCACCCAUCUACAAUUCCCGGCUGGUGUCUCCCUCCGGGUCUCUGGGCCCCCUCUCUGUCCCUCCUGUCCUCAGCGCCAUGCCUGGAACAGUAACGUCAUCCUGUUCCCCUGGGAACAACAGCAGGCCUUCGUCUCCUGGCUCAGGACUCCACACCAGCAGCCCCACUGCAUCUCAAAAUAACUCCAAAGCAGCAGUGAACUCCUCCCCCAGUUUUAACUCUUCAGGAUCUUGGUACCGAUGGAAUCAUCCCACCUACCUCCACUGAGACCAAAAUGUUUCUCCUAUUCUACCUGGCCUGGUAUUACCCACUGGAAGGAAGCAAAUCAUGCCUUCUCCGUAUGGACAGAUUACUUUUGGAAGAGGGGAAGAGAAUCACCACUCUAAAUGGACCCCAACUCCCCUUCAUCCUGAGCAAGGGCUUCUGGAGAUCCAGUCUGUGGCUGAACUAUGUGCUGACUCCCAGAGCUCUUGAAAUGCACCCCCCACCCAGGAGUUUACCAACUUUGGCUUCCUUUCCUGUGCCCUCUAGGACUUCUUGCCAACACCUUCCAACUCAUCUGUGGGCUGCCUGGUGUGUCAAACGACCGGACAGGGAGAUGAUGGUUUGGGCUCUGAACUUAGCCACAACCUCAGAACUGAUUCUAAAACCUGUGAAAUGAUUUGAAUCUGAUGUCUCCCACAAAGCCUUGACAGUUUCUCUGUUCAGCCAAGUUUUCUGACCACAUAGUCCCGUCACUCCUUUUUCCUCUUGAGCCUCACCUGGUUUUCCAGACCCAGAUCCAUUCCUGUGUUCUCCCAGUCCCCUCCUCUUUGCAGAAGGCUGAGAUGCCCUCAGUCCCUGGGGCACAGCUCCCUGCCCACAGGGGCUCUUCCAUCUGCUACAUCUGCCCCAGAGUUCAGGAAUGCUCUUCUCUCCAUCUCAGUCCUUAUCUCUUCCCCUCUCUCCCAUCUCCUGGCUGCAGAAGGAAGAACACAAAAGUAAACAUGUAACAAUUAUGCUGGCAAAAUACCUGUAUAUAGUAGCCCUUUCCUGUUUUUGCAUUAUGUUUUUCUCUCCUUAAUGUGGAAUUUUCCAGCAAAUUGUUUAACUCAGGUGUGAAUUUUGAAGAUGCCUCUGUAAUAUUUUAUCAUCUUUCCAAAAAAAAAAAAAGAAAAAGAAAGGAAAAAAACCACCAAUGUGUGAGAUACUGUGCAAGCCUCCACAAGAGGUGCCCCAUGGGCUGGGAACCCUCGUUGACUUCUCGGGGAACUUUCUCUCUAGUUUCCUUCUUUGUGGGCCAGUGUGUAGAGAUGUAACAUGAAGCCAGUCCAGAAAUGGUAACCUUUUUUUUUUAAAGACUGCACAUCCAAGAAAAUGUUGAGAUUCAAAGGAAUCUCUGUUCCUCAAUAAAUUUGUACAGUGAUGAUAUAAACUAUUCCACUCUUGAUAAGAA